CACAACCUUCGUCAGACGCAUCAGUCUCAAUCAGUCUCGUUCGAGCUUUCGUAGCUUGAAGAUGAGUGGAAGGAAACUCUGGAAGUUUUGACAACCAAGUCGAAUACUUGUCAUGCUCACGUGAAUCAAGUUCCUAAGAAGACCUCGAAGGAUACUCAAGACGACGAACCUCUACCGGCCGUCCUCCGAUAGGCAAUCCCAUGAUGAAUCCAUUUUUGACUGCUCUUUUCCUUCUCUUUCCCUCGUUUGUGUCUGGGAUACUAGAGCAGACAUGCCCCACCCAGGACAUAUCACCAUGCAAGUGCACCAAAGAUCGGAUGGCUAACGUGACAGUGGAUUGUUCGAGUGCCGGCUCUGCUGCUGAGAUUUCCUCGGCCCUGACGAAGACUUCUUGGCCCUCCACUCGACUCUGGCGAUUCAACAUGGGAAACAAUUCGAAAAUAGUGGAGCUCCCUCAGGAAUUCUUCGGGGAUCUUUCCUUCCAGGACAUAACGAUGAAUAAUACGACAGUGAAGAAGAUCCCCACGUCGGCAUUGCUCCAAUCGGACGACACCCUCACAGAUCUUGGCAUUCUGCAGAGUCGUCUGGAAGAUUUUCCGUUUCAUAUUCUUCAGGAUUUCCGCAGCUUGAAAAGACUUUAUCUCGACAAAAACUUUCUAAAGUUUGUCCCGGUCUUCAAGAGCGACAGCCUGGAGGUACUCGGUCUCAUUGACAAUAAAAUCACAAGUUUGGAAAUCGACGGAUGGGAAACUCCCAAACUGAAGGAAAUCUAUCUCCACAAAAAUUUGCUAACAUCAGUUCCGGUCAUCAAGAGCUACAGCCUGGAGUUACUUGGUCUCAAUGACAAUAAAAUCAGGAGUUUGGAUUUCGACGCACGGGCGACUCCCAAGUUGAGGGAACUUUACCUUGACAAUAAUUUGUUGACUUUUCUGUAUGGAUUCGAGGGCGGCAGCCUUAUGAAGCUCUUCAUCAAUGUUUUAACCGAAAACCCAGCCCUCAGGAGUGAGAGUCUGGAAAUACUAUCGAUCAAUAAUAAUUCUAUACCGAUAGUACGGUUCGACGGAUCAACAACUCCAAAAUUGAGGAAACUCUAUUUAAACAAAAAUUUGCUAUCAUCUGCCCUAUCCUUAUCCCUAUCCCUACCCAACCUGGAAUUACUCAGUCUCAAAGACAAUAUACUAAUAAGUUUAGAUUUCGAAGCUUGGACAAUUCCUAAAUUAAGGGAACUCUAUCUCGACAAUAAUUUGCUCACCUCAGCACCGGUCUUCAAGAGUGACAGCCUAGAAAUACUCUCCAUCAACAAUAAUAAUAUCACAGUUGUGGAGUUCAACAAAUGGGCGACUCCCCAGUUGCAGGAACUCUAUCUCCACCACAACUUCCUGACUUCAGUCCCGGCCUUUCAGAGCAAGAACUUGGAACUACUCGAUCUCAAUGAUAAUAAGAUCAUGAAUUUGGAGUUCGACGGAUCCGCGACUCCUAAAUUAAGGAAACUCAACCUACACAAUAACUUGUUGGCGCUGGUCCCGGAAUUCAAGUGCGAAAGGCUAGAAAUACUCGAUCUUAGUGAUAAUAAGAUAACUAGUACGGUGUUCCAUGGAUGGAAGACUCCAAAAUUGAAGGAACUAUACCUCAACAAAAAUUUGCUGACAUCAGUGCCGGCCUUCCAAAGCGACAACCUGGAACUGCUUAGUCUCAAUGACAAUAAAAUCACGAGUUUCGAGUUCGACGCAAGGGCGACACCCAAAUUGAGGGAACUCUAUCUUCACCGAAAUUUGCUAACUUCAGUCCCGGCCUUCCAGAGCGACAGCCUGGAGUUACUCGGUCUCAAUGACAAUAAAAUCACGAGUUUCGAGUUCGACGCAAGGGAUAUUCGCAAAUUGAGGGAACUCCAUCUCGAAAAUAAUUUGUUGACUACUUUCCCGGCAUUCAAGAGCGACACCCUUGAAAGGCUCCGUCUAGAUAACAACAAGAUUGCGGAUGUGGAAGAAGAAGGAUGGGCCAGUCAAAAUUUGAGAGAUUUCAGUAUUGAAAACAAUCCCCUGUUGAAGUUCCCAUCAGGAGUAAUCAAGGGCCUGAAGAAACUGGAGAAAUUCUACUGCUCAAGGUGCAACAUCAGUAGCAUCCUUUCGACCGGGCUGUUGGAAUUCCAGAGCGAGGCCUUGGAACUGGUGUCCCUCCGCCACAACGGCAUUUCGAGACUGAAGCAAGGAGCCAUCACAGGUCUCAGACCUAAUACGAAGAUUCGUCUGAACGAAAACGAGAUUGCUGUAUUCUCCAAAAAGAGCUUCCGCCCCAUUUUGGACAUCCUCUCUAAGGGUGAUGGAGUCCUCGAUCUGAGCGCAAAUGGAAAGCCAUCCGACAUCGGAGAGUGGCCAUGGCAGGCUGCCAUAUAUGACACCCGUAAGCGGCUCAUCCGUUGUGGAGGGGCUCUCAUUGGAAAGCAAUGGGUUUUGACCGCAGCUCAUUGCCUCGUGGAAGACGGUACUUCGAGAGGUCGGGCUUCGAGAGACUUUCGUGUUCAUCUGGGGAAAUAUUAUCGGGAUGACUCCCUGGACGAUGAAUUCGUGCAGCAGAGAGAGGUGUCCAAGAUCAUCCUUCAUGAGGGCUUUCAUUUAAGCAACUAUGACUCAGACAUUGCCCUGAUACAACUAGCCAAGCCGAUAGAGUUAACCAAAAGAGUGCAGUUGAUAUGUCUCCCUACAGAUGACUAUCUUUAUCUUUCUGAGGCAAACUUGGAGGAUGGAAAUCGAGGAUGGGUGGCUGGUUGGGGUCACAAUAGUUCGAAUAUCCUGAGUGCUGGGUUGACGGAGAUUGAGAUCCCUGUGGUAUCGAAUAAAAAGUGUCGUUUGGAUAUCACGAAUACCACAGGAAAGCCUUUUGCUGCUGUGAAGCUAACCUGGAACUUUUUCUGUGCUGGGCACGAUAAAAAUACUUCUCUCCAAGAUUUCGUGCCCAAUACAAGUCCAGCAUUGAGCUAA